GGUGGUAAACUGCCAAAAAAUAGGAAAGAAGAAGAACAACUUCUCCGAAAGUAACCGAGCAGAACCUUUGGUACUCCUUGAAUCGGACAGGUUGGUCCCAUUCAGCGCCAAUGAAUCCGGGUGAGCUAGGCCCGGAUGUAUGCGCCUCUGCUGGUAGAGCUUGGUGCCGUGAGUCGGACUGUUAGCUUGUUAGCAUCUUUGCGCUCCCUUGUCAUUCAGUAAACUUCUCAUUCAGAGUUGAGGUUUCCUUCAGAAAAUGUCCCAAAGAGACGUCAGAAGCUACUUUUUGCACAGUCUACCAGCCACGGUCCACUGGGAGUUCUGCUGCAUUAUGGAUGGGCUAUCAGAACUGGACUGGACGCGCUUUGCUUCAGAGGUCCUUGGAGAUCAAGUCAGCGUGCGAUUAGCUCAGAAGAAGGAGAUGCGGACAGCCUAUGUAAUGAACCAAUGGGGCAAUAGAAACGGACGCGUCGGUGAGCUGCUGGACCUGCUGGAGCAUCAUCAGCUUUUCCAUCCAAGAGACGUGAUCCUUCUCUGGGCGUUGUCUUUGAAGGAGUCUUCACAUGCUCUUCCUGUUAGUCUCUCUAACUUUGAUCCUCCUGCCAAAUCAGUAGUGGCUCCUCUCCCAAUGGCAACCAAUGUCGUCAGCACUACAGGAGGAGAAGGAGCUCUACCUCGACCAGCCCCACCCCCAUCAAGUUUGCAUUCUUGCCAACCUCGAACCCUACAGGGCCCCCCAUUGGUGGCAUCUAGUGAUGCCAGCUAUGGAGUGAUGUGCUGGUCCUAUGAAGAGGUGCAUGCUGGGACUGAGGGGUUUUCGCCAGCCCUGCAGAUCGGUGAGGGGGGCUUUGGAGUCGUGUACAGAGCGUCACUAAGAAACACUGACUGUGCAGUAAAGAGACUCAAACAGGACUGUGUGCACGACUUCAACAUGCUUAAGGAGAGCUUCAACACGGAAGUGGAAAAACUAUCAAAGUUCAGACACCCGAACAUUGUGGACCUGCUUGGAUUCUGUCAAGGACCAAGUGUUUGUCUCAUCUACACCUACAUGGAAAAACGAUCACUGGAAGAUCAGCUGCACAGCGUGUCUUCUGCUCUCACAUGGGAUCUGAGGGUCCGCAUUGUUCAUGAAGCAUCAGCAGCAUUGCAGUACCUUCACUUUCCUCCAGAGGAACACACGCCUGUAAUCCACGGAGAUGUGAAAAGUUCAAACAUCCUUUUAGACCGCCACCUGGUAGCAAAGCUUGCUGACUUUGGCUUGGCUCGCUUUGUGUCUCCAAACUCGUCGAACCGUCUGGUGUCCAAGACGACCACACUGGGCCAAAAGUCCAAAGUGAGGGGAACACUGGCAUACCUGCCGGAGGAGUACAUGAGGGAUGGACAGCCAGGGACACCGGUGGAUGUCUACAGCUUUGGUGUUGUGUUGCUGGAGGUACUGACAGGUCGGCGAGCUCUGGAGGAAAACAAGAAGUUGGGAGAUAUUUACCUGAAGGACGUAAUCCAGGAGGUUUGGGAAGACCCGGCAGAUUCUUACACAGCGGCCUGGAGUAAACAGCUGGAUCGGCGGCUAAUCACUGCAGGGGAUCCCACAGAGCUGGCUGGGAGCAUGGACAUGGUGGAGCUGGCCUGUAGGUGUCUAGAAAGGAAAUGGAAGAAGAGGCCCGCCAUGACGGAGCGACGAAGUAUGCCGACUGUGUUGCCUUGCUCUCCGCACAUUCCGCGGCCCCACAGAGUGCCAUGGUACGGCGGAUCGUCAGCCAGCAGCGGCCCGGUGAGUGGGUCCACCAUUAUGUCGCCAUUCUCUGUGGGUUGACCAACCUGUGUAAAUUCGGCGUCUUGGAAGAGUAGAUGAUUCGGGAUCAGCUGACGGAGCAUACGACCAACACGAGGCUGUGUGAGAAGCUGUUUGUGUCACAGGACGAUACAACGCUAUCUAAGGCGGUGGACAUGGCGUUCAAGCUCGAGUCGGCUGCCAUGCUCGUGUCCCGGCCAGAGCCCACCCUACUCCGCUGACUCAGACAGUGGCUUUAACGGCCCCGCUCUCCGGGGCUACCUCCGACGAGCUCGAGGUUAACGUCGCGGGGCGACAGGACGCCACACCACAUCAGCACUGUGGGAAUUGCGGCUCUUCGUCACACCCUACGCACGCCUGCCUGUCCGGCCAUGGGACAGAGGUACCAGCAAUGUGGUAGGUUAAACCACUUCUCCAGAGUGUGCCGCUCUGCACCCGCUCCUAUCAGCCCCAGGUCUCGCUUAUCCACUGCCUCUAGCCACACCACCAUCCACUCUGUGGAUUCCAGUGCAAAGCCGUUUCAGUGGUGCACAGUGGAGCUGGAUGGAGUGUGCCUGCCACUGCUGCUGGACACUGCGGCCUCCAGAUCUCUUUUGAACGUGUCCACGGUCCGUCGGCUCUUUUCCCGACUGACGAUUGAGCCAGGCGCGGAGGACCUGUACGGCUAUGGGCAGGUUAAGAUUGGCAUUGUUGGUACUGCCAACUUUGCGGUGCGCUACGGCUCCAGGACUCUCCCUGCAUUCACCUUUCAGGUAUCUCACCAUGGGAGCAACCUCCUCGGGUUCGACCUAUUUUGUGCCCCCGGCUUUUCCAUCACGGACAACUUGGGCAACACCAUACUGACGGUGACCGCACCCUGGUUGCAACGCUGGCCUUCCUGGUUUGCUGGGCUGGGCUGCCUCACUGCCUUUGACCACCAGCCGCUCCUGGAUCCUGCUGUGACUCUAGUCAUCCAGCCUCUACGUUCGCUGCACUCGCCCUGCGUGACGGGGUCACGGCCGAGUUGCAAAAACUCUUGGACGCAGGCAUCAUUGAGCGGGUGGACGCAUCACCAUGGAUCUCCAACCUGGUGGUGGCGCAGAAGAAGACAGGAGGCCUACACCCCUGCAUCAAUCUCAGGCAGGUGAACAAGGCGGUGAUUCCAGAUAAGUACCCACUGCCCACAACAGAAAAGCUCUCUAGUUUUCUCUAAGCUUGAUCUCCACCAGGGCUACUUCCGGGUUCCCCUGCACCCAGAGAGCCGCAACCUCACUGCUUGUCACUCACAUGGCGGUCUUCAGGUACACGCGCAUGCCUUUCAGACUUAGCUCCGCCCCCAGCUGUUUCCAGAAGAUCAUGGCCACUAUCUUUGCUGGCAUCCCUGGCGUGGUCGUGUACCUGGAUGGUAUCGUGGUUCAUGGAGCGUCGUCAGCCCUACACGACGACCGCCUCUCCAAGGUGCUGGAUGUUCUCUCCCGCGACAACCUCACGUUGAACGCUGAGGAAUGCACCUUUUCUGCGUCCACCAUCAAGUUCGUGGGCUUCCGUCUAACCGCUGACGGUCUCAGCCCGCUGCACUCCAAUGUUGAUGCCAUCCUGCGCCUGCCUGAGCCCACCUGCCCGGCACAACUGUCCUUGUUCCUGGGAAUUACUGCAUUCGGUCCACUGGUGCAGCGAAAACAACCUGGAGCUGAACCCGCUCAAGACCGUGGAGACUACAGUGGACUUCAGGCGAGACCCUUCACCACUUUCACCCCUCACUAUCCGCAGUAAUACUAUUCCCUCCACAGACACCUUCAAGUUCCUGGGAACCAUAAUCGCUCGGGACUUGAAAUGGACCAGCCACAUAGACUCUGUCCGGAAGAAGGCCCAGAAGAGGCAGUACUUUCUGAGACAGCUCAAGAAGUUCAACCUGCCGCGGGAGCUGCUGAAGACCUUCUAUACUGCCAUCAUCCAGUCUGUCCUCUGCACCUCCAUGACCGAUCCAAACCAGACAACCACAGACUGCAACGGACAAUCAGGACUGCAGAAAAGAUCAUUGGAAUCCACCUCCCAUCUAUCCAGGACUUGUACCUGUCCAGGACCAGGAAACGUGCAAGUAACAUCUUUACAGACCCUUCUCACCCAGGUUGCGGUCUGUUCGAACUACUCCCCUCCGGACGGCGUUAUAGAGCCCUGUACGACAAAACCAGCAGACACAGAGACAGCUUCUUCCCCCAGGCUGUCGCUCUGAUGAACUCACACCACUCUUAGAGUCUCAGUCAUGGCUGUGCAAAAACAUCCUGCUCUCCACAUCUUUUUUGAAUUGUCUACAUUAUUUGUACUAUGUGUCCACUCUGCAUCCAUUGCAGCCUGGUCAUCCUGUAAGAGGGAUUCUCCCAUCUGUGGUCUCUUCUCAACGUUUCUCAUUUCUCCUAGUUGGAGUUUUUCCUUGCCCUCCCGGGAGUUUAAGAUCAGGAAAUGUUUGAGAAUAUUCGUCAUUUUUUUAUCCUGAGUGUUGUAAGUCACCUAAAUGUUGAACAGAGGCAGUGAUGUACCGAAGUCAAAUUCCUUGUUUGGCACGCUCAAACAUGGCGAAUAAACAUUCUUGAAUUUUGAA